AUGGCAGACGAUCUUAACACGACUCCGACCUUAGAGAACUUCGUGGCCACGACUAAUAGAACCGGCUCUGCUUCCAUUACAGUCGAUAUAAAUAAUCAUGACAGUAAGCACAACCCUGGCUCAACACUACCCGACUCCAAGGAGCGCGACUUCAUUGGCAGAAUCUCGCGACAAGCAAGUUUCUUGGAGAAUUUGGCAGCAGAUUCGAGGGAUUCUCAAUUUCCUGCACAGGAUAGAGGCGAGAUAGAGCGAUACUUCCACGGUCCUCGGAAUAUGACUCAACACUCAAAAUGGCCAAUCGUCAUGAGGGUUCAGGGUAGUGUCAUGCCCCAAAUGAUCCUACCGCUAUUUCUCGUGGGCGGUUGGGCGACUCUUAUCACCUGCGUUUCCCAUUUCUAUCAUGAUCUCGGUAUCAACAAUAUCCUACUUACCGUCCUUGGGUUUGUGGUGGGCUUAUCAUUGUCGUUUCGUGGCUCCACUGCUUACGAAAGAUGGGCAGACGGACGUAAGUACUGGGCUGCACUUAUACAGACCUCACGUAACCUGGCACGCGUUAUUUGGGUGCACUUUGGUGAAAGAGAGGGAGAAGAGGGAAAAGUUGACAUACUGAGGAAACGGUCUGCUAUGAACCUCAUCCUCGCGUUUGCCGUCGCAUUGAAACACAAGCUUCGCUUCGAACCUGAUGUCGCAUACGAGGAUUUAGCAGGUCUCAUUGGCCAUCUAGAUACAUUCGCCUUCCAAGCCCAUGACCGCAAUGUCGUGCACCCCCCGUCGAAAACUACAUGGAAGUCAGUUGGAGAGUAUUUAGGAGUCUCAUUUGCUAAAUCAAACCCGCGAAAACUGAUCAAGAAAUCGAAAAAACCGCUGGGACAUCUUCCGAUUGAGAUUUUGAUCCAUUUAUCUGCGUAUAUGGAGUCAUGCGUGAGAAAUGGCACACUUUCUCUGGCUCAAUACCAAGGUCAAGCUAUGACAAUGAUGUCCACGUUGAAUGAAAUCUUAACUGGAACAGAGCGUGUGCUAGACACUCCUCUACCUGCCGCAUACAGCAUUUCUAUUUCUCAAAUUUCUUGGAUCUAUGUGAUGCUUCUUCCCUUCCAGUUGUAUAAUUUCUUACACUGGAUCACUAUCCCUGCUUCCAUGGUCGCGGCGUAUAUAAUAAUUGGCCUACUUACCAUUGGUAGCGAGAUCGAAAAUCCCUUUGGAGAAGAUGUUAACGACCUGCCACUCACCACAUACUGUCGCCAGAUUGCAAAGGAACUUGACAUAAUCACAGCUACACCACCUCCAAAAGUUGAAGACUUUAUGAGCCGACCAGAAAAUCUCGUGUUGUUCCCACUCAGUCAGGAAGGUUACCCAUCCUGGAAGAGGCACAGCAAAGCGGACAUUCGGGCUGCACUUCGGGCUAUGGCCAUUGCAAACACAAGCCGAGAACCCACCUUAGAUGGAUCAAAUGUUUCCACUCGAACAAUGAGUCUCUCUGGGAAUGCCAUGAAUCCUGUUUAA